AUUUGAUUUAGCAGUUGGAUUACUUUGGGGAUUGCCACUGCACUGGUGGCCGGGAAACAUUGAAACGCGUAACAUGUUUUUAAAAAACGAUGGUCUAACUGCAGUGGAAAGACAACCUGGCUGAUAUUCUACAAUUAGUGGCGGGACUGUAAUAUAAUGGGUAAGGAGGCUAAAGAUUGCAGGUUCGAUUCCCUACACUACACUGCCGUUGUACCCUUGAUCAAGGUAGUUAACCGGCAUUGCUUCAAUAUAAAUCCAGCUGUAUAAUUGGAUACAAUGUAAAUGUGCAAGUCACUCUGGAUAAGAGCGUCUGCUAAAUGCUUAUAAUGUAACCGUUUCAUCGGUCGCCUUUGUCCACGUUUGGGUGAAACGUUUGAAAUAAGUGUAAUAUUAAAGUUUCACCACACGAGGGCGACACAUCAACGAUUCUUUGGAGGUUUUCUGCAUCUUUCCCUGCUCGGGUUACCUACGGGAGGAAUACCAAAACAAAGUCCUCCUUCCGUGCAGUUCCAACCACACCUCCGCAGACCGAGGCAUUCACUAGCAGACUAGGGUGACCAAAAUUCUUGCACUGUCAGAAGGUGCAAAAACCUUACAUUAUCUCACCUUUGUCCAGUGCACUACAUUAACAGUUUUCCAAAGGACUUCGUCCCACCCCGACAUUGGAACUGGUCAACCCAGUCUGACAAUAGCAUGCCGUGUUCCCAGAGGGGAGGGACUCUGACCACCGCCACCUCUUCCUACGCCGCCGAUCCUUGGCUUCGAUUUUCGCUCAGGGUUGGUUGAGAGGCACAGCUGCUCCACUAGGAGGGAAGGUGAGAAAGAGGCACGACAGGUGAAAAGAUGUCUUAUUGAAGUUAGUUGGCUGCCUUUCCGAUUGAGUGAGUUCGGAUAAAAUACGGGGCGGCUAGCACCGUGCCUUCUUCCAGUUAACUUCGUAACUUGUUAGUUGUUUCAAAGGGAAAUACACGGAAUAACGUUACCAACACCGGAGUGAUUCAGGACACCCAGCAAGGCCACGGUUCCUCUCUGCUCUCUGUGAUGACAUCACUGCACGGUUACCACAGAAACCAGGGCCCCAGUGCGAACGGCUGACGUCCAAGCAGGUGCUGAUUGAGGAGAUGGCGGCUCAGGUGGAGGUGAAGGCGGGAGACGGGACGAGGGCGGGAGGCGUGGGAGGGCGUCUGCACCUCAGCCCCCUGGCGGACUCCAGCAACAAAAGCCCCACGGAGGCCCCCUCCGGCACCCAGGGUCCUCUCAUUCUGGCCCCGGAGCCCAGCAAGCCCGUGCCAGGGCCCAAACCUCGCCUCACCCCCAAGCCUUUCGCCGUCGAGAAGAACCCCAGCAUCCGCCCCAUCCCUGCCCCCAAGCCUCACGCCAGGCCCCGCCCCGAACCUACUCGCCCCACCUCCUACAAACCCGACCCGCCCAGCACCCCUAAACCUGCUUCGGCAAAGCCCGCGCAUGCCAGCGCGCAGAGGCCGGUGCCCACCACCCCUAAACACCCCACCCCUACAUCCCUCAAACCCACCCCCAAGCCCGCCCCCACCGUUCAGCCCCGCAAACCUGCACCUCCGCUCUCGCCAGGGGAGCCCGCUAAGCUCACCAUACUUGAAACCGUCAAGUCCCAGGGCCCCAGGUCAGGGCUGCCCCAAAAGCAGGGCCCCCAGGCGGCCCCGGCCGCCGAGUGGUCCGGAACGACGCAGCAGGAGGGAGAGAAGCAGAGGAUGGAGGGAAGCGGGAGGGUCGGGGCUCCCAUAAUGCGGGCUAAGUCCAUGGGCUUUCUCAACCAGACGGCUCGAGAGGACGAGAAGGUGGCGGAGAGAGCGAAGGGGGGCGGAGCCACCGAGCCAGCCGUCCCCAUGCGACCCCAGCCCAGAGGCUCCCGGCCCAGGCCCGUCUCCGCGGUCUUCCUGCCGUCCCCCACCCAAUCGGAGUCUCCAGGCCCCGCCCCUCCCUCCCGUUGGGUGGGCCGACGGCCCCUCUCCGCCGACCUCACCUCCAAGUUUGAGUCCAUUGGCCUGUCCCUGCACCGCCGGCCGGGCAAGGCAGACAGCAAGGAGAACACUCCGGAAGGAGGCAGGGAGGAGGACGGCGCGCCAGCCAGGAGGAAGGAAAAGGAAAAAGGGGCGGGGCCGACGCCAUCGUCGCCGUCGCCGUUGUCGCCUGCGCCCGACACCGAGCUCAAGCCCAAGGCCUCUGUGCCGGAGCAACCGAGCGAGAAACAAGACCAGGAAGAGAAAGAGGAGGAGAAGAGCGGCGGCAGUAUAAAGAGGCGGAUUAGCCUCCUGUUCGACUCCUCCUCUUCCUCCUCCCCGGGCGGCGGCCCGUCUGCCGCUGGGGCGGAGCCGCGCCCUUCAGCCCAGCCCAUCCCCGAGACGGACAUCGGGGUGGGAGUGAAACAGCGAAUUAAAAAGCUGACCGAAGACGCGCCCCCCACGCCUCCCUCUCCAAAAGCGGCGUUCAAGCCCCGCCCUCUGCCCUCUGACCUCACCAAAAGAUUUGCUGCUGAGAAGCCAGCGGAGCUUAGCGGCCUGUCGCCAAGCGGCUUGGAGAGAGAGGGGUCGAGAGGUCAGCCGCAGGAUGGCAGCGAGGCUCAUGGGAAGGUUGAAGACUCUGCUGUGGGCCACACUGACGAAGCGAGAGAAGAAAAAGAGGACAGGGCGGUAUUUCAGUUCCCCCAGGCCCAGCCAGCCCACGCCCCCGCCCCCGCCGACCAAUCGGGUGCGAGCGCGGAAGAGCGGAGGGCGGAGAGCGAGGUGCAGGAGGCGUGCCCCAGCGGCAGCGUGCAGACGGUCCGGGCGGCCAUGUUUGAGAACGUGGUGGAGCGGCACAGCGUGCACGUGGUGGAGGAGGCGGGCGGGGCCAGCGGGCAGCUCGGGCGGAGCGUCUCGCUGAGGCGGAGCGAGGGCGGGGACACGAUGCCCCCCGCCAGCCCCCUCCCGGUGGAGCACGUGUUCGACACAGUGCCGGCCGUCGGGGAGAAGAGGGCGGUGGUGGAGAACGUGCGCCCCGCCCAGCUGGAGGACAAGGCCAUGACGCUGCGUUCCCGCCGGGCGGGGGCCGGGCAGGCGGAGGACACGCCCCCGCCGCGGCCCCCCGCUCAGAGAGACCCCCCCAGGGAGAAGCCGGAGGCCCCGCCCCAGCCGGCGGAACAAGCGCCGCGGUACCUGCGGGUCGGAGCCCUGAAGAAGUGGGGCGCCAAGGAGCCGGAGGCGGAGACAGGGCGGUGGGCGGAGCCGGAGGCGGAGACAGGGCGGUGGGCGGAGCCGGACAGACAGAAGCCGGAGAGCACCGCGCAGCUGGAGCCCGAGAAGGAGAGGCAUAGAGAGUGGGAGGGGGAGGAGGUGGGGGCGCCCAAACGUUUGAAGAUGCUGGAGGGGGACGACCCGCAGCCCAAGCCCAGGGCCACGUAUUUCGCCCUCACCGGGCAGAUGCAGGAGCCCCAGCCGGCGGAGGGGCGCGGCGGGGACGGGACUGGGGGCGCCGACGUCACCUUGGAAGAUUUCUCGGUGAAGCCUGGGAGGUGGGGCUCCCCGGGGCCGAUGCGCAGAAACCCGUCUCUGGACGCGGCGCUGUCCAAGAGCAGCCCGAGCGAGGCCCCGGGCCAGGGCUCCCUCUUCGGGAGGGGCCAGGCCCCCGCGGAGAGGGAGGCGCUUCGAGAAAUGGAAACGGAGCAGGAGCUCAAGGCCCAGAGGGACACGGGGUGGGAGAGACAACGAGAGCUGGAACGACAGAGAGCCUUUGAAAGGGAAAAAGAGAUGGAGAGGAAGAGAGAGAUGGAGAGACAGAGAGAGAUUGAGAGGGAACGACAGAGGGAAAUGGAGAGGCAGAGAGAGAUGGAGAGACAGAGGGAGAUGGAGAGACAGAGAGAGAUGGAGAGGCAAAAAGAGUUGGAGAGACAGAGAGAGGUGGAGAGGCAAAAAGAGAUAGAGAGGGAAAGGCAAAGAGAGAUGGAGAGACAAAGGGAGAUGGAGAGACAGAGAGAGAUGGAGAGGCAGAAACAGAUUGAGCGGGAAAGGCAGAGAGAGAUUGAGAGACAGAGGGAGAUAGAGAGACAGAGAGAGAUUGAAAGGCAAAAAGAGUUGGAGAAGGAAAGGCAAAGAGAGAUGGUGAGACUAAGGGAGAUAGAAUUGGAGAGACAGAGGGAGAUGGAGAGGCAGAAAGAGAUGGAGAGACAGAGGGAGAUGGAGAGGCAGAAAGAGAUGGAGAGACAGAGGGAGGUAGAGAGGCAGAAAGAGAUGGAGAGACAGAGGGAGAUGGAGAGGCAGAAAGAGAUGGAGAGACAGAGGGAGAUGGAGAGACAGAAAGAGAUGGAGAGACAGCUGUUGGAGCUGGAGAAGCAGAGACGAGCAGAGAGAGAGAGAGCAGAAAAGCAGAAGGAGACUGAGAGACAGAUAGACAUUGAGAGACAGAUGUUCUUGGAGUUUGAGAAACAGAAGGCGAUUGAAAGGGAGAGACAACAAGAAGCUGAGAGAGAGAAACAAAGGGAGAUGGAGAGGGCCAGGCAGAGAGAGAUGGAACGACAGAAAGAAAUGGAGAGACAAAGACAAAAAGAACUGGAGAGACAGAGGGAGAUGGAAAGACAGAGGGAGAUGGAGAGGCAGAAAGAGAUGGAGAGACAGAGGGAGAUGGAGAGACAGAGGGAGAUGGAGAGGCAGAAAGAGAUGGAGAGACAGAGGGAGAUGCAGAGGCAGAAAGAGAUGGAGAGACAGCUGUUGGAGCUGGAGAAGCAGAGACGAGCAGAGAGAGAGGGGAAGGAGAGAGAGCAGGAGCGAGUGAGGCAGCUGCUGCAGCAGCAAGAAAUGGAGAGACAGAGGGCUGUGGAGCGGGAGAGGGAAACGAUGAGAAGGGAGGAAGUGAUGUCGUCGCUCAGGCCCGGGGUGCUGGACCUGGACUCCGUGUCCCUGGCCGACCGGCACUUUAAGGUCUCCCAGGGCAGCGACCCCGGCAGCGUCCGGUCGAAGCUGCCCUCACCGCGCGCGGAGGACGCUUACCGGCCCGGCAUCCUGGACAUCGACUCCUUCCGCUCCCAGCCCCGCCCCUCCCCGCCGGGCGCGGCCUUCCCCGCGGCGGGCAUCCAGGGCCAGCCCCGCACCCCCGAGGCCCCGGAGAGGCCCUUCGGGAGGCCCGGCCCCGUGUGGUCCGCCUCCCAGCUGGAGUUCUGGGAGCACCGAGGGGGAGACGCUCCCCCUGCCCCUGGCGGCUGGGCGGCCCCCGAGCCCCCCCAGAAGCCGGCCGGCAAGCCCAUCCUGGAGCAGCUGCUGCUGGCGCAGGAGGAGAGGCUGGCGGCCCCCAGCCUGGUCCCCGAGCGCCGCUGGUCCGGUCUGCCCGUCGACUCCGCCGCCUGGGCGCCCUCUCCCGGGAGGGAGACCGCAGGGGCUGCCGCUCCUCAGUCUAAUCGCCAUGGUUACGCCGACCUGGCCUUCCUGGAGUCUCCCUGGUUGCCCCGGGACCCUGUCGCUCCUGUGCCGCUGGUCCAGAGAGGAGAGUCAGUGGCCCUUCGAGGACAGCAGAGCCUUCAGGCCAAGGACCUGACGCGGGCGCGGUCGCGGAGCGUGUCGCGCAGGUCGGCGCCGGCGGAGAGCCCCCUGGAGGGGCCGCUGUCCCGCAUGAGGAGCCGCAGCGCCCACCGGGAGAAGGACCUGCGCUCCUGGGAGCAGCUGAAGCGGUGUGCGGGCGCUGAGGAGGAGGGGCGGGACACGGACACGCUCGUCCAGGAGACGGACAGCCAGUACGGGACGUGGGACACCGGGCUGCGUACGGAUGACAGCCUGACGCCGGCCACCCCUUCCUCUGACAGCAACCUCAGCUCGUCGCCGCGGAAACAGACGCCCCCGCUCACGCCCGGGGGUCCCGCCACGCCCAGCGACGGCGACACUCCCGACGGCCUGUCCCCCGCGCCCCUGCCCGGGGCGGAGCCCCUCCCCUUCCCUGAGACCUCCACCACCCUGCUGGACUCCAGCGCUCUGCGCUCGCGGGUGCAGCUGGCUAAGAGGCGCAGUAAACGCGGGCUGCCGUCGCGGGCCGCCCGCCAGAGCGCCGCGCUCUCCGUGCUGCAGGAGGGCCAGGGCGGGGCCGGGGACGACUGGCACUUCCGCGACUCCACAGAGGAGAAGGCGGAGAGCUCGAAGCAGGAGGACUCGGACCCGGAGGAGCAGCCCAGAGGAGCGGAGCUCCGCCCCCCGGCCUCCCAGCCGCAGAGGGUCGCUCUCUUCCCCGGGAUGGACCCCUCCGCCCUCAAGGCCCAGCUGAAAAAGAGGGGCGACUCUGACAAUCAGGUCGACGGAGCCUCUCCUUCCGCCUCUCAGCUGUCCCGCUCUCCCAAAUCGCCAUUCCUCCCCAGAGCCUCCCGCGUGCUGCCCCCUGCUGGCGGGAAAGAGAACGGAGAAGAGUCUUCACCUCAGUGGCUGCGGGAACUCAAAUCUAAGAAGCGCUUGAGUCAGUAUGAAAACGACGCUUAGAGGAAGAGGACAAGGUUGCCUUAAAAAUGGGGAAUGUGUAGAGGAAGUGACAGAAGCCUUAACCUUUGACCUGGAAAUGAACGGAAUCCUGCUACUGCUGCUGCUGACGUGACUUUUUGUGUUUUUCUGUUUACUUCCUGCCUGGGUCGCGAAACAUGUGCAUGGUGCCUUCAUAGAACAUAUAGUUUUUGUGGACAACACAAGUGAGGAGAAACGGACGUUCAACCGGGUGCUCCUCUUGUGCGUUUCAACACCCAGCUUCUUUAGAUGUCUUUAUGUCCCAGGAAUCCCAGCAUAGAGCCACUUUACUGUCGCUGCACAGGGAGAUGGAGGAUGGAGAGGACCAUUUCUUUCCCAGUUUUUGUUGCACUUCAGGAAGGUUUAGCCUGCAGGACCAAGCACCUCUUAACCUGGAAGUGCUUCCUGAAACUGGUAGAUGGACCAGAAACCCCAUCGAUUGUUGUCAUUUGUUUUCUUGUUUUCUUUACGUUUUGAGAUUAUUGUAUGCAUCUUGGUGUAUCAUUUCAUCUGUCAGUCGACAGGUUUAGGAAAUGGCCACACACAUGAAUUGCCAUAGAUUCCCUAUUUUUUUCCCUUUCAAUCAUAGAGGUUAUGGAGACAACAAAAAAUACAGAAUUAAUAACUUGACAUACAGUAUAUUAUAGGUCUUUGACAUAAUGGUGGCAACUGUAAUCAUGAAAUGUGCUAUGUAUUGUAUUUUUGCUGAUUGGAAUGAGCUAUCAAAUGAGGCAAAAGGAAUAAAAUAAAAUGCAGCCGGUUAGCCAGGACAGCACAUCCCUAUAGAUUCUAGCAGGGAAUUAAUUCUAAUGUCCCAAGGUCUUUUGGAUAGUGCUCAGCACUCAGCAGAACAAACAGCGGAGUUUUAUUUCACUGCAGUAAUUUAAUUCCCGUUCAUCGAUGGCUUUAAAGCGAGUGGGGAGAAGGCCUCGUCUCCAGACCGUUGGUCAUCCUGUUUCCAUGGGGAUGGCCAUUUGCAGCCCUGUCCAGGCUUGUGCCAAAGUAUGGCCGCUCAUUCUCGGGGGUGUUUCAGAAACACAUUCUUCAGUGUUUCUGAAAGCCGCUGCCGGUUUUGUAUUUGCAAAAGGGCCUUUCACCAGAGAGAAACACAGAGGUGUCUGCAUCAUGCAGGCUCUCUACCAAUCAUGCAGGAAACGGGCUCUAUGCUAAUUACUGUACGCUAAUUAAUUAUCCAUUUAUCAGAAGGGACUUGCCAGAAACACUGUUUUGUACACAUUUGCAAAGAAAUAUUUGUCUGCCCACCUGUCGCUAGUUUAUAGGCGUUAAAGUAUAUAUUUGAUGAUCAUGGCCAGUAGAUGAAGUGAUAUUUCUGUAGUUUACAGUUAUGGAUGAGCCAAGGUGUGUUUUGUCUACCUUGUGCAGCUAUACUAUAGGCCUGUGGGUAUGUUGAAUUAAAAAAAAAAAAGAAUACACUCUGUUCAGUCUAACUGUGCUGUGAUCAUAUAAAUAUGCAACCCGGUCAUAUUCUGCAUCAUCCAAUAUGGACACAUAAAAACACUUGUAAUGGCAAUGUAGUGCAAUUGAUGGAAAUCCGUGUUGCUGAUUGGAUGGGGACGUGUUUCCGUGGCCAUUCCUGACCCUUGUGCAUGUCGGUUUUUCGGUCAGAAGACCGUGAUGUUCCCGUGAUGGUCAGAGACAUUCUGUUUGGUGCCGAGUGCUAAGGAAACUGAUACGGUUUCAGCAUCUCGCCGAUAUUUCGCCUUUUUGGCCACUCGGUGACUGGGGAGUUUAGCCUUGGUGAAAGUGGCUUUGGGAAUUUACCAGAAGGUUUAAUUUUUUUCGAAUCACAACCGAGACACUGCUGUUGUACCCACGGACAAGUAUUUCAGUAAAUCCAUCUUUAUUGAUUGGUGGAGUUUCAACCCGCAAGUACUGUAAGCCUCCCGUACGUAGGGCUGUGUUUCAGCAUAUGGAUCGGUGCAGAGUAACAGUUUAUUUCCAGCGCACUCCACUGCUAGCCCUGCUACUCGUUUCCCCAUGUGCUGCAGCACACUUUCUUUCACCAUUAUGUUUUUUUGUUAGCGCUUGGUGCCUCCAGAAACCUCCUAACCUGAAUGUGUUCCUCACACUAGUUUCUCCCACCCCCCCACCCCCCCCAACAACACUCCUCAUCCUUCCAAUAAGCACUUUGAGACUGUUGACGGACAGCAAUAGUGACCAAUGUUCUGCCCUCCUGGCCCACAGCAUGUCCUGCCUUCCACAUAUUGAUGGGUUGAUGUUGGAAUGCUGAUGAAAUGCAACUUAAAUGUAUUCAUUUGGAUCUUUCUGUUGAGGCCUCAGUCUCUUCUGUGUGUAUAUCAAUGUUGUUAAUCUCAGUAAUGCUAUUUUUGUCAGUAAAAAGAGGGGCUUUUUUAUCUUGGUUUCUCCUGUUUUUUUUUUAUUUGAAAGAAUAAGAUGUAUAUUGCACUGUGUUGUGAGACCGGUGUCAAAAUGUAUAAAUUCUUAAUAAAAAUUUACUAUUAAAUGAG